AUGACGGCGACCGUGGCCUGGUGCUCCAGCAUCUACACCGCUGCCCUCCCGGACAUUAUGCAAGACUUGGGAUGCUCGCAGAUUGUAGCGACCUUGGGAGUGACGACCUUUCUCCUAGGCUUCGGGUUUGGGUCUCUAUUGUUUGCGCCGCUCUCUGAGAUCUGGGGCCGGACGCAAAUCUUUCGCUUGACAAUGGGCCUGUUUGUAGCCUUCCAGAUCGGCUGUGCAUUAGCUCCGAACAUCACCUCUCUCAUCAUCUUCCGCUUUUUCGCAGGCUUCUUCGGUUCUCCCACCGUCAGCAAUUCGGGGGGCUCGAUCACCGAUCUCUGGCCGCAGAGUAAUCGCUCUGUGCCCAUGGCCUGCUUCUCUGCUGCUAGCUUCCUAGGCCCUGUUUUUGCCCCAGUGGUGGGUGGUUUCAUCUCGCAAUACGCGCCCUGGCGCUGGAAUUUCUGGGUGGUGCUCAUCCUCAGCGGCGUAGUCUACGUUGCUGUCUUGUUCUUCCUGCCCGAGACGUAUCCAACCAAGCUUCUAUACGACAAGGCCCGGCGUCUGGGCCGUGAGAAUGAGAUUGGACAACCCGAGGUCUGCCAGCAGCUGCGCAGCAGUCUGACACGUCCAUGGCUCAUGCUCUGUACGGAGCCCAUCCUCUUCCUGCUUUCUCUGUACAUGGCCUUCAUCUACGGCAUCCUCUAUCUGGAUUUUACCGCCUACCCGAUCGUCUACAAAGAGACACGAGACUGGAGUGCCGGAAUGGCCGGCCUCUCAUUUCUCGGGAUCGGCGUCGGCAUGACCUUAGCAACCAUAGGUUCUCCUUACAUCAAUGUAAUCCACCGUCAUUUUGUGCUCCGCCUCGGACCCCAGCCAGAGGCCCGCCUACCCCAUUUAAUCAUCCUCGCCUGGCUCAUCCCCAUCAGUCUGUUUUGGUUCGGCUGGACCGCUAAACCUCCGACCCACUGGAUCUGCGGGAUCAUCGCCGGAGCCCCAUUUGGGUUCUCGAUCAUCCCUCUCUUCUUGGGCAUUAUGGCUUACCUGACAGACUGUUAUGGACCUUACGGUGCCAGUGCCCUGGCUGCCAAUGGUGUCUUGCGAUCCAUUUUUGGUGCUGUGUUCCCGCUCUUCGCUCAAGACAUGUACAAGGGUCUGGGGGUUUCCUGGGCUACCAGUGUCCUGGGUUUCGUCUCCCUGGCGAUGACGCCGCUACCGUGGAUGUUCUAUCGCGCUAGAACGCUGUCGAAGGAUGAAAGUGGCUGGACCAAAACCAAAUACCUAAUGUAUGGACAGACAUGUUUCAGUAUACCCUGGCGACAGGGAGGUUAUUUGACAGGAGGAGGCAAUGAGCGAGUUGGCUACCUCUCUUUCUACUCUCUACUAAUCAUCAUGAAUGUGGGUAUUGUCGGAGCUGGAAUCUCUGGUCUCUACAUCGCACUGUCUCUUCAACGGCAGGGACAUAAUGUCACGGUAUUCGAAGCCACUUCUAGGAUAGGAGGCCGAAUUUACACCCAUCGAUUUCAACCGCUCAACGAGGGCGAAGACGUUUACUUUGAAGCGGGAGCUAUGCGAAUUCCUCGUUCCUCCCUACAUGAUCGUGUCUUUCACUUUGUGCAAUUUCUGAACACAUACGGCAAGCCCGAGGAUAAAGUCGAGCUCAUCCCCUACAUAAUCGAGCACGAGAAUAACAUCGCAUACGUCCACGGCCACAAAGCAGACCUCAGUGAUAUUGAGCAUGGAUCUCGCCUAGGAAUCCCCCAACCCUACCGAGGAAAGUCCGCGCGGGAGCUUCUGGGUGAGGUUGUCACGCCAUGGCUGAAACUCUUAGAGAGAGACUUUGACCAGGGGUUUGCCGAGAUCAUGAAGUACGACGCGCUUUCUUUCCGAAGUUAUCUAGCAUUGGUCCAGCAAUGGCCACAUGAGGUGAUUGACUUUGUCGAGCUGAUGACGAGUCAAACUAAUCAGUAUGACCUAAGCUUCGUCGAGAUCAUCAUGCAGAAUUUAGACUUUAAUGUUCGCGAGUGGUUUACUGUUGGUCAUGGCAUGUCCCGUCUCACGCAAGGGGCAGCCAAGCUUGUGGGUCUACAGAAUAUCCACACUAACUCUCCUGUCGACCGUCUUGUUGAGAAUCCCGAUGGCCGCAUCACCCUCCAUGCGCAUGGACCCAUCCCUUUCACUGGUACCUUCGACAAAGUAGUCCUGGCCAUUCCCCCAGCCGCCCUUCAGGGCAUCCGGGAACGCCCAACCUGGAGCUUCAUGAAGGAGCAAGCAAUUCGCAGCGCCCACUUCGAACCGUUAUAUAAGAUCGGGCUACACUUCCGGACGCGAUUCUGGGAACAACUCAGUGCCCCAUCGUUCGGAGGCCAAAGCGCCACCGACCUUCGGUUCCGAUGGAUUGUCUACCCAUCCAACGAUCUGGGGACCUCUGGAUCGGGAGUCCUUUUGCUCUAUUGCUGGAUGAACGACGCAUAUCGCAUCCAGUCAGUGCCGCGCGACCAACGCGUCAGACUGGCGCUGCAUGAUCUGCAGCGGUUCUUCGCGGACACAGGCGUUGAUAUCUAUAGCCAGUAUGUGGACUCCUUUGACAUCUGCUGGAGCAAUGAAUAUGUGACGGGUGAUGCAAUGUUUCUUCCUGGCCAGUUCAGUCGCUUCCAUCGCGUGGCUGCGAAGCCAGAGGGAAACAUUCAUUUUGCUGGUGAGCACUUAAGUCGACAUCAUACGUGGAUCUCUGGUGCCAUGGAAUCGGCGCAAAAGGCCGUCCAGGAGAUAUCGGGGGAGAUGGAUGCGAGACCUUUGGGAGAGGAAGAGUACACCCGGCAAUUCGUGAAGGCGAUUGAGACGCCGCUUCACCGUGUGGAUGCGAUACCAGAGCAUGAGAGACAGAUUCUAUCCCGACUAUAA